UACACGCCGUGGUACGCCGUCGGCGAGUACCAGGCCCCGCCGGCGUCGUGCAAGCUCGAGCAGGUCAACAUCCUCCAGCGUCACGGUGCACGAUUCCCGACGGCGAACGCGGGCAAGAAGUACGCCGCAUCGGUCGCCAAGCUGCAGCAGAACGCGACCUCGCUCGCGAGCAACCUCGAGUUUGUCAAGUCGUACACGUACUCGCUCGGCGCCGACACGCUCACGCCGCUCGGGGCGCAGCAGUCUCGCCAAGCUGGCGCGACGGCGUACCAGCGGUACAAGGGCCUUCUGACCCGCAGCAGGAGGCUUCCUCUCGUCCGGUCGGACAGCCAGCAGCGCGUCGUCGACUCGGCGCGCAACUGGACGGCGGGCUUCUUCCAGCAGUCGGGCAUCACGCACCUGCCGACGACGCAGGUCAUCAACAACGCGUUCGGGGUGCCCCUCGACGACAACAACUGCCCGUCCGCGCCCGACAUGAGCAGCUACGAGAAGAGCUACCUCUCGACUUUCCUCGACGCGGCGACGGCCCGCUUCAACGCCAACGCCCCGGGCGCAAGUCUCACGACGACCGACGUGCUCAACUAUAUGCAAAUCUGCGGCAUGGAGAGCCAGUACACGCAGAAGCUCAGCCCUUGGUGCAAGCUGUUCUCGCGGCACGAGUUUAUCGCCGGCGAGUACUACUACGACCUCGACAAGUACUACGGUAACGGUGCAGGCAAUGCGCUCGGCCCGAUCCAAGGCGUCGGCUACGUCAACGAGCUCCUGUCGCGCCUGACGGGCAACCGCAGCUACGUCCUCGCCGACGAAACCCAGGUCAACCAGACGCUCGCGCGCUCUCAGUCGACCUUCCCGCUCGGCGCCAGCUCGCCGGGCAUCUUUGCCGACUUCUCGCACGACAACGAGAUCGCGAGCAUCCUCGCCGCGAUCGGCCUCAAGAAACCCGCCGCGCCGCUUGCCGCGAGCGGACCGUCCUUGGACCAGGUGUGGGUCACGAGCGAGAUCGUCUCGUUCAGCGGCAGGCUCGUCACCGAGCGGCUCUCGUGCGGUGGCGACGACUUUGUGCGGUUCUUUAUCAACGACCAGCUGCAGAUCCCGACCUUCUGCGCCGGCGCCGACUCGCAGACGGGCCUCUGUGCGCUCGACGCUUUCGUCGAGUCGCAGAGCUACGCUCGCGCGAGCGGGCACGGCGACUACCUCAAG